UUAAAUUUCUCACACAAGACAAAAGCGAACGAGGUUCUCUCCAACGAGUCUUCAAUUUUGCAAUUUUUUCAUUGAAAAUCAAUUCAAUUUCAGUGAAAUAAACUAAAAAAUUUAAUCAACUUUAAGGGUGCAAUUUAUUUUAUACAAAUUAAUUUGGAGACAAAUACAAAAUGACGUGGGAACCACAGACCGAGGGUUUGCAGCAGAUCAUUACGAUUCUGAAGGAGUCUCAGUCUCCAGACACCGCUACACAAUUGGCUGUCCAAAUGAAACUAGAGGAACUCAAUCAAUAUCCGGACUUCAAUAACUAUCUCAUCUAUGUACUCACUAAGCUUAAAUCCGAAGAUGAACCAACACGUUCAUUAAGUGGUUUGAUUCUUAAAAACAACAUUCGCCUUCAUGGCAGUACUUUGCAACCAGAAAUUUUGGAAUACAUCAAACAGGAGUGUCUGCAGGCAGUUGGUGAUCCUUCACCACUUAUUCGAGCUACAGUUGGUAUUCUAAUAACAACAAUUGCCAGCAAUGGAGGUCUCCAAAAUUGGCCCCAACUUUUGCCAGCUUUGUGUGAGAUGCUUGACUCACAGGAUUAUAACAUCUGUGAGGGUGCAUUUAGCGCAUUGCAAAAGAUUUGUGAAGACUCAGCUGAUAUAUUGGACAGUGCCGUUCUUAAUCGCCCCCUGAAUGUUAUGAUUCCGAAAUUCUUGCAAUAUUUUAGUCAUAGCAGCCCUAAAAUACGUUCCCAUGCUAUUGCCUGCAUUAAUCAAUUCAUUAUUAAUCGCUCACAGGCUCUUAUGCUGCACAUAGACACAUUCAUUGAAAAUCUUUUCAAUCUUUCCUCGGAUGACGACCACGAAGUGCGAAAGAAUGUAUGCCAUGGUUUAGUUAUGUUGCUUGAAGUUCGAAUGGAUCGUCUCCUGCCACAUAUGGGACAGAUAAUUGAGUACAUGCUUAUGCGAACACAAGAUUCUGAUGAAGGAGUUGCUUUAGAAGCGUCUGAAUUUUGGCUAUCCCUGGCCGAGCAGAGUAUAUGCAAGGAGGUGCUCACUCCAUAUUUGCCUCAGCUGGCACCCGUCUUGGUACGUGGUAUGCGUUAUUCUGAAAUCGACAUUAUUCUGCUAAAAGGCAAUGUGGAAGAAGAUGACAUGGUACCCGAUCGCGAAGAAGACAUUCGCCCCAGGUUCCACAAAUCUCGAACCCAUACUAUCGCAGCUACAAGCGGAAGCGCUGGUGGUGGUGAAGGAGCCGACGAUGAUGAUGAUGAGUUUGAUGAUGGUCUGGACGACGAUAGCUCAUUAUCUGAAUGGAAUUUGCGAAAAUGUAGUGCAGCUGCUCUCGACGUUCUGGCAAAUGUAUUCCGUGAGGAAUGCCUUCCCAUUGUAUUGCCAAUAUUGAAGGAAACCCUUUUCCAUCAAGAAUGGGUUAUCAAAGAGAGUGGAGUGUUGGCUCUCGGUGCCAUUGCCGAAGGUUGCAUGCAAGGCAUGAUUCCUCAUCUACCCGAACUGAUACCGUUCCUGAUUAGUUGUUUAUCAGACAAAAAAGCACUUGUUCGCUCCAUCACCUGCUGGACAUUGUCAAGGUAUGCCAAUUGGGUUGUCAACCAACCACACGAUCAAUACCUAAAGCCAUUGAUGGAAGAACUACUCAAGAGAAUUUUGGACUCGAACAAGAGAGUGCAGGAGGCAGCUUGUUCAGCUUUUGCCACACUCGAGGAAGAAGCCUGUACUGAAUUAGUUCCAUACUUGGAGUAUAUUCUCAAGACAUUGGUCUAUGCUUUUUCAAAAUAUCAACACAAGAAUUUAUUGAUUCUUUAUGAUGCUGUGGGUACUUUAGCUGAUUCUGUGGGACAUCAUUUGAAUACUCCCGAGUACAUCAAUAUUUUGAUGCCACCACUGAUAGAGAAGUGGAAUUUGUUAAAAGAUGAUGACAAAGAUCUGUUUCCUUUGUUGGAAUGUUUGUCUAGUAUAGCUACUGCGUUGCAAUCUGGUUUCCUGCCAUACUGUGAGCCUGUAUACAGGCGAUGCAUCUCUCUAAUUGAGCAAACCAUCAAUCAGGAUAUGGCUUGCAAAACUAAUCCAGGAAUUGAUCAACCAGACAAAGAACGUAUGAUUGUUGCUCUCGAUUUACUAUCUGGAUUGGCCGAAGGACUUGAUGGACACAUUGAGGCAUUAGUUGCCAAUAGUAAUAUAAUGCAAUUGCUUUACCAAUGUAUGCAAGAUGCUUUACCAGAGGUUCGCCAAUCAUCAUUUGCGCUGCUUGGAGAUUUAACAAAAGCCUGCUUCCAACACGUCCAUCCAUUUAUGUCAGACUUUUUCCCAAUUUUAGGACAGAAUUUAAAUCCAGAUUUUAUAUCGGUGUGCAAUAAUGCAACGUGGGCAAUUGGUGAAAUUUGCAUGAAAUUGGGUGAGGAAACGAGGCAAUACAUUCACCUUGUACUGAAAGAACUGUUUGUUAUUAUUAACCGUCCGAAUACACCUAAGACUCUAUUGGAAAAUACAGCUAUAACAAUCGGUCGUCUAGGUUAUGUGUGCCCCGUUGAAGUGGCUCCUUAUUUGCCAGAAUUUGUACGACAGUGGUGCACAUCUUUGCGUCACAUAAGAGACAAUGAUGAAAAGGAUUCAGCUUUCCGUGGAAUGUGUCACAUGAUUACGGUGCAUCCGGCUGGAGUGGUUCCUGAUUUUAUAUUUUUCUGCGAUGCUAUUGCAUCAUGGGUAAAUCCCCCAGCAGAUCUUCAUCAAAUGAUACAAAAGAUUCUACAUGGAUUUAAAACACAAGUCGGUGAAGAAAACUGGCGUAGAUUUGUCGAUCAAUUUCCUCCAAACCUAUCUGAACGUCUUGUUGCAAUGUAUAGCAUCUAAACAAAAGGAUUAAGUAUAUAUCAACAAGAACAACUAUAACAAGGUAAUAGAAGAACAUCAUCUGUUAAGAAAUUGUUAACAAAAUAAUUGAUACAAAUACACUGAAAUUAAAAUUUAAGAACACUAGAAAAAGAAAAGAGAAAAAAAAACAGUAAAAAAGAUUCUUAAAAGAACAACACAUCCAUUCUUAACACAAGACCCUAUACAUAUAAAACAUUAAAAUACUUAACAUGUAUAAAAUAUAAUAACUAAAUUUAUAUUUAACAUAGAAAAAAAAUAUGAAAAAAAAAAAAAACUAUAACAAAACUGCAAAUGAAUGGUCUCUCUUGGUAUUUAAACAAAAUACAUAUUUAAAUAUCAAACUUAAUUUAGCAAUCCAUUAACCCCAUAGUUAUGGAAGGCAUAAAGUGUGUGCAUAUAAUAAAAGUGUAAUAACUUUUAUUUUGAAAAAAAUAGAAACAAAAAAAUAGAAAAAAAGGUUUCUUCUCCUUAGGUCUCUUUUAUCUAAUCACAUCAAAAUUAAGGAUAAAGAAAAAAUAAACCAAAAAAAAAAAAAAAAGAAAGAUAAAAAAUAACAAAACAAUUGUUGUUACUAACAAUAACAAAAAAAAAUAUCAAUCGUAUUUUCAUUCCCCUCUCUCUUUCUCUUUCACCAACUUAUCAAAAUGUGUAUGUUAAAAUAUAAAUUACAUAAAGCAACCCGUGGUCAGUUAAAAUGUAAUUUUUUAAUCAAAUGAUUCAGGAUUAUUCUGUUUCAUUGUGUAUGCAAUCAUUUAAAAUUUAUAUUUAUGUUUAUGAUUAUUUUUAUUGUAGAUUUUAUAAUUUUGAAAGUAAAUGAAACUUGAUUUUUUGGGAGGGUGUAACUUUUUAAGCUUAUUAUCAAAACAAAAUAUAUGACAACUGCAUGGCUAUUUAGUUCUAUUAUGAAUUGAAUUCAAAAGUUUUCAUUUGGGUAGGUAUUGAGUAGGUUUUGUUCUAAAGUUCAAUAAAUCGACAUAAAAUGGGUUCAUUUGAAUUACAAUUGUUGAAUGUUAAAUUUUUAUUGCCUGUUGGUAAUUGGAAAUGUGUUUUAUGACAAACAUUUAAUACAAAACAAAUUAAAAACAGUAGAUGACUUUGUGAGGAAGUAAAAGAAAAUUUUGCUAUAGAAAAUUCUUUAUAUGUAUCUAUUAAAACUUUCGACUUAAGUGGCUUAUUGGUUUUAAAACCAAUAAUUAAUCUCCGAAGAACACAAAAAUAUUUUAUAUUUUGAUUUGAAAACCAAGUCCCAAAUUUUAAGGAAAUGAAAACUCACUCUGUCAUACAAUGUUACAAAGCUGUGUUUUAUUUUCCUCGUGAUCCAGAUCAGAUCAUUGUAUUUAUUUGCGAAACAAUAACAAAACAAAAUCCUGCUUUUGUUGUAAAGCUAAUAAAAACAAUGAUCUGAUCUGGAUCACGAGGAAAAUAAAGCACAUCUAAAAUAAAUAAAAAAACAAUACAAUUUCCAAGAUCCUUCUAGAACCGUUAUACAUAAUCAGUUAUAUCAUCGUUUUGUUUGGUGAAAUUUAAGUUCGUGACACUGGUUUUUAUAUUAGAAUAUUUAUACGAACAAAGGAACCAGCACGUUUGGUGGCAUAUAAUUUGGUACAAUUGAAGCGUUUCUAUGAGAGAAUUCUAUUGAAAAAAACUAAACUAGUCGCUUCCACUGUUCGAAUGUAUCGAGUUUAGUCAGUUGUAUGAAAUUCGUGCUGGUAGAUUAACGCAAUUGAAAUUAAAUUUGUUUUAAAUUAAACCCAAGUAUUCGAAAAAAAUGUCGAAGAAAAAUAUCGCAGAGCAGCGUCUGAGUCUCUCGGUUAUAUUUCAAUCGGUUAAGAAAACUAAAGUUUCAAAUUCAGUUUCACUAAGAAUAAAUUGAAAAACAAAACAGAAUAGUUAAUCAAUGAAACUUUAUCAUUUUACUGAUGUUUUAUUGGUUUGCACGAUAUUUGGAAAAAGAUGUUAUAUCAUUUGAUAGAAAUUUUUAUUCAAACCUGAACUUGAUUUCCAAAAAAUUCUUGUGAAAAGUUCAAACAUUAGAUUCUUUCCAACAUUAUGUACGGUUUUAUGCCUAAAUUAUGGUUUUAUUAAUGAAUUAUGAAUUCACUUCUUAAUGUUGAUUGGUUAUAUAUCCUAAAAUGAAAUACUUUCGGCCGCUCUCUAAUUUUAUUUAAAUUUUGGUUAGAGAAUAACAUUUUGAUUCAAAUCGGGUAAGUGGGCAAUUGCGUCACAUAUCCGGUCGAUAUACUUUUUCUGUGUCUUCUGAUACAUUGCAAUACGUGACUGUAAUGUCCUCUUCUCUCACCAGCGCCUUAUUACUUUCAAACAUAAGCAAAACAUAAUUAAAUUGAAAGGGAAUUGAUAUAUUUAAUGCUUUGUUCUCUUUGGUUUCUUUCUUUCAUGAUAUCAUUUAUUAGAUUUUUUCUCUUAACAAAACUGAUUGAAAAAUAACCGUAUAGACAGGUACCAACGAACAAAAUUUACUCAUUCUGCUCUUUAUAAAAAAAAAACCUACAGCAACAAAAAACAGUUUUUUAUACAUAACAUAGGUCUAAAAUAAAAUUAAAAUAAUUUUAGGACUUCAUCAACAAAAAAUAUAUCAUCAUUAGUUAUUAUUUUUUUCUUUUUAUUUUAUAUAGGAUUAACAAAUUUUAAGAACAAAAAAUAUUUUUCUUUUUAUGUCAAAUAAAUGUUUAGGGUAGACUUAAGUUCCGUGUUGAUAUUCCGUCGGGUUCGCGUCGCGUUUUAAAUUAAAACAAAAAUAAAUUUCAAAUAAAUAAAAGAAAAAAAAUAAAAAAAAAAACAAAUAUUGAAUAUUUCACUUUUAUUAUCAAAAUUAAUUAAAUUUAAAAAAAAUAUAAUGAAUUAAUUUAUUUACUUAAUUGAGUAGUGCCAUUAGAAUUUUAAAGAAUUAAAAAACAAAAUCAAAUUUAGCACCAGACCAGAUAGAUAUUAAUUAUAUCAUCAACUAUUAGCAAUGAGAUUUAGUAAAAACUAAAAUAAAAAAAAAGAUAAGAAUUAAAUUUAACUAAAACAACAAAAAUAAAAAAAAAAUAUAAUCACAAAACUUGUUGAAAUAUAAAAAGACUGAAAAUUUCCUUUUUGUACAAAUUAAAAUUUAAAAAAUAGAAGAAAAUAAUAAAUAAUGAAACAAAUACAUAUACUUAAACUUAUAAAAAAAAAAAAUUCUUAACAUUUUUUUAAAUCAAUUUAGAUAUUAGUUGUUUUUUAUACAGACAAGGGAUUUUCUUUUAUCAUUUUUUAUCUUUUUUCUAUCCUGUGACAAACUUUGCGUAGAAAAGAAAUAAAAACAUCCAAAGAAAAUAUUAUAAUAAAAAAAAAUAUGAUAAUAAAAUUGAAAUAUUUGAUUUUUGUUUAAAUAAUAAUAAUAAUAAAGAAAUAAUUUAUAAAUCAAUCGCGUUUCGCCGUUGUCGUUUCUCUUUCGUAAUUUAUAUAUCUCGCGUAUCGCGUCAUAAUAUUGAAUUAAAUUUAUAUAGGUAUAAUACAAAAAAACAAAAACAAAAUAUACAAUUAUAUCUUUAAAAAAAAAACAAAAACAAAUGAAAACUUUCGUGUGAUCAUAUUGUGGUACCAAAUUAGUAUUAUUAUUAAAUUUAAAUGUAUUUUCUUAUUUGUUUAUUUUUCUCCUUCUACACUCUAAAAUAAAAUAAAAAACAUCCAAAUUCAUUUAUUUUUUAAACAAUAGUAAAUCUCACAAAUCAAUUUUCUUUGACUAGAUUUUUGUUAUACUAAUAUUUUUUCCAGUGUUAAUUUUGUUUAAUUUAUUUAUUCUAAUUUAUAGAAUGCCUGAAUAUUAUAUAUACGUUUUUAUAUUGAAAACAAGUUAAAUUUUAAUUUAUCAAACUAUACAAUUUAAAUUAAAUUAUAUUUUUUAGGGAAUAAAAUAAUAAAAAAAAAAAUACAUAUAAAACAAAGAACUUUGUACAUUAUCAAACAAAAAAAAAAAAAAAUAAAAGAUUAUAAUAAGAUAAAAAGUAAUUAAAAUAAAGUAACUAAUUUGGGGAAUUAUCGUCGUGUUCGGUUUCGUGUGUCGUCGUCGUCGUCAUCGGGUUCCAUGGACCUCCGCCCCAGGGUCCCAAUACAAAAUUAAAUUAUAAUAAAAAUAAAACAAAAAAACAAGACAAUAUAAUAAUAAAAUCGCGCGUUUCGUAAUAUAUAUUCAAUUUAUCGCUGUUUACUUCUACUACAUUCAUUUUUAAUUUAUUUUUUCAAAGGGAAAUAAUUUAUUUCUUUGUUGUAAAAAAAGUACUAGAUUUAUAACUUAUAUAUAAGUAAUGUAAAAGAAGCAUUAAUAUUAAAAUCAAUAACAAAUUGCAUUAAAGCAAUACAAAACAAAAAAAUAAAAACUAUAUUUGUAUAAUGUGUUUUACAGAUGACUAUAUAUUUUUAUAUAAGUAUGCUAUUACAGGAGUUUUUAAAUUUAAGAAAAAAAAUUUAAAUAAUUAUAGUAAAAUUCAUUAAUAUACCACCAGAAAUAAUUAUUAUUAAAAAACAAAAAAAAGCAAGAGCAGUCCAGUUAAAAUGUAUAAUGUAUAUUUUUGUUCCUAAUUCAUUAACAAAAAAAAAAAGAAAAACAACAAAAAGAAAAAAACUCAUUUAAAAAAAAAAUUAAUUGCAAAGAAACUUUAUUUCCCUUUGAAAAAAUAAAAUCAAGAGCGUGAAUGGCAGAGGAAACAGCCUAAACAAUAAUAUCAAUUUUUGGAGUAAUAUAUAUUAUAUGCAAAGAAUUUGAGACUUUGAGGAAUUUGUUUAAAUAAACAAAAUGUAGAUGUGAAAGUAGUGUCGUUUUUGUUUGGUUUCACUCAAGGGUUCACUCAUUCUGAAAUCCAAUGAAAUAGUUUAAUUCGCUUCCACUUAAUUUUGAGUACUCGUAUGUAUGUAUUAGUGUUUUUGAGUGGACUUGAAAUCAAGAAGAGAAUUUCUCUUCUAAAAAGCGUUUUAUCUGUUAUUUUCGUGCCAAUAAAACACUUUCAGAAGACUUCUGCAUGCGUCUGAAGCCCUAAUCAAAAACGACAUAAGAUUUAGAAGAAACAUCAUUAUUUUUGUAUUCAGCUAGGUUUUACUCAGGACAAACACAGUCGAAUGACGUAAGUCUCGAAUUUUUGAUUAAAAAGUAGGAGGUCUGUGCUUCAGAUGCUUCGCAAGUUGAGCGAAGUCCAUGGUGGGGCAUAACUUCCUUAUUUCAAAACAUAAAAAGCCAUUGUGUUAUUCAGAACUAUGUACUUUGAAUAAUAGGUCUUUUUUCAGUACUUGCCAACAUAGUAGCAACUUUUGUCAGAUGUUGACCUGUGGGAGUUCUUCCUGCACAAUCGCCAAUUUAUAAGAAAGGGAGUGAAGGUCAUCGCUAACUAAUGGAUUUAAAGUAAGGUGUAAUGCAUUAGAGCAUUUUGUCUGUUUUGCAGAUUGUGAAUUAGAUUCUCAGAUUGACUUUUACUCUAAACAAGUUGUAAAAGACUUCUAUUUGUUUUGAUAAACAAACUUAUCUUCAAAGUACAAUGAAAAAAAAUCACUUUCUUUCAUAAUAUACUGAUGUUCUCCAAAAAAAAAAAUA